GCCAUAUUUGAUUUUAAACAAGGUUUUAUUCUUGUUUUAUUUUGGCAAGGCCAAGCUACAUCAACAGGAGGAUUUAACAUAAGGGAUGGAGUCGGGCGCCUUUGAAAAUGCUGAGACCGAGAUGUGCCUCCUGGACUCGGGCGUCCAAAGUCUGAAAGACGUGCCUCUUCAUCCUGGGUUACAGGUCUUGAAUCUUCACUGCAACUACAUCAGGGAGAUUGAAAAUCUUCACAUGCUGCGCUCGCUGUUCCAUCUUGAUCUCUCCUCCAAUCAGAUCAACUCUAUUGAGGGCCUGGAAUGUCUUGUCUCGCUCAAAACGCUUAACUUGUCUUGUAACAAUAUCAGAGUUGUCAAGAGUAUUGAAAAUCUUAGAAAUCUUGUGAAGUUAAACCUCUCCUACAACCAGAUCCACAACCUGGCUGGCUUUCUCCUCCUACAAGGCCACUCCUACAAGUUGAUGCAUGUUGAGCUCCACGGCAACCAGAUUGUCUCGCAGGAAGCUGUCGUUGAUGCAUUCAGAGGAUGCGCCAACUUAAAACAUUUGAUGUUUGCGAAGGAUGGUGCAGAGAAUGCUGUGUGCUGUUCAAAAGGCUAUCGCAUGAACCUCCUAAAGAGCCUCCCACUGCUGCAGAGCCUGGAUGGUUUUGACAGGCUAGGACAGCUGAUCAAGUCGGAUGACCUCUCGGAUAUUCCAGGUUUGGAGGACUACAUGGAAUUCUUGAUAUCAUCCACGUCAACUUCAGAUGUGAACCCAAUUGCCUUAGCUACCCCGCGGAUCGACGCUGCCCUUGAGAAGUUCAAGCACGAACCAGUGAUCAUGUCCGAUACUACCACUACCUCAACCACCGACCAGGAACAUACUGCUCCGACGAGGCUUAUUCCCAGAGAGGAGGUCAAUUUACGAGGAGAGAGUGCAGAGAGGCUUGAGAAACUCGAGAGGCAGCUGGCUGAGCUAAUGGCCAAAAAGAAGUCUGCUGGUUCUAAUGGUGACACAAGCUCAAGAUCCGAAAAAGGGACGAAAACCACAAAGACGAAAUUGGCAAAUAAAAAGGGUGCAGCCAUCUCAGAUGAAAGUGAUGAUGAUCUGAUACCAAGGAAAGAACGCCCGAGUAGAACACCCAGGAAAAAGACGGCUGGGGGGAAAACACCGAGGAAAACGGGGAACACUGAUAAGAGGGAAGUUGACUUGGGUCCUGUGCUUAGUGUCAGGCAACUUUCCCCCUCCCCUCCCGGGCGUAGGGUGAUGACAGGACAGGAGGGUAUCACUGCUAAAGUUGAAGACGAAAAGAGGAGGGAUGAAAUACAAUCUACUUAUCAGCAACUGAUGCAAGAAUUGGAAACGGAACGAGAGCGCCGAUGGAAGGCCGAGGAGGCAGCAAAAAAGAUGGCCGACCACAUCCGAGGUCUCCAAACAAAAGCUAAAGAAGAGACGGAAAUGCAAGACAUUGCUAUUCAGGCAUCUUCCAGGUUGAAACAAGCUUUGAUGAAGAGUAAAGAGAUGCAGGGGAGGUUAGAGGAAGAAAAUGCAAGCCUCAAGGAGGAUUUGUUAGAUUACCAGCAGCGGUUGGAGAAGUCCAAGGAGCAGGAGGAAGACCAGAGGAGCACGUUGCGAACUUUAGAGGGAACGGCGGCCAAGCUCGAGACUGAGAAAAUAAAGCAACAUGCACAUGAGUCCAAGUUGACCCAAGAGUCUCAGAUGAGGUGUGCCGCCAUCAGUCGAGAAUUAGAACUUGUGAAGAAUCAGCUGAAGACGACCAAGUCCCAGCUUCAACAACUACAGGAGCUGCUUGCCACACGGGAGCACGAACACAGGAAAGAGUUGUCGAGUCGUUAUACCUUAGAGAGUAAUGAGCUUCAAGAGCUUCUCAGGAAAGAAUCUGCCAGGAUCGAGGAAAGGUUCCAAUGCGAGAUCCGGGCAAAAGAUGAAAGAUACAACACUUUAUUGAGCCAGUACAAUGCUUUGGAAGAUGAAUUUAAGAUGGCGCUCCACAUCGAAGCUGACAGGUUUAACCAGGUCCAGCAAGCAUUUGAACAAGUGAGCGAGGAGUCUUCAUUGAACAAACAAGCAUUGGUAGCAGCCCAAAGAAAGGAUGAGAAAAUGACCAAAACGAUCACAGAAUUGUCAGCGUUGGUGAAAGAGCAGAAGGGUCGGUUGUCCGAAUUGUCGAGGACAAAACAUGACCAGAUUAUGGAUCAAAAGGAGAGGAUUGAGACACUGGAGGCCCAUCUGGAGGAAGCGCGCAAACGGAUGGUGCAAAUGGAACUAUUGAAACAGGAAAAGAACCGACUGCAGUCUCAAGCGGAGGCGCAGGAAUCUGUGAUCGAGGGCCUAAGGAGUGAACGCAAGCUCUGGGGACAGGAGCUAGCACAACAAGGUGCAUCUCUAGCUUCUGAUAGAGGUCGCCUGGAGUCGAAGAUAGAAGGCCAACAGCACGAAGUCAAUUAUCUAAAGAAACAAUUAGAGCGGGAGACAGACUCUGUCCGCAUCAAAUCUAAGAUGAUAGAAGAUCAAACAGAGACAAUCAAGAAACUGAAAGAGGCCGUUGUCGACCGUGAUAAUGAGAUCAAGACCGCAAGAGAAGACGUGUUGAAGUCACAGAAGAGCUUGGAAGAGCAGCUGGCUGAGGAACAGGCCGCUUUCCAGGAUGCACAGGAGAAGAUUGAUCAUCUGACGGAGAGGAAAGAGGAGCUGAAGCACCAAUUGGCCGACCUGCAUCAGGAGUUGGAGGAUGAGCGGGAGGGGAACAGAUCAGUGAACCAAAAAUGGAAGGAGAAGUCGGCCAUGAUCUCGAAUCUCGAGGAGCAGGUGACCCAGAUGAAGGAGAUCUGGGAGAAUAAGGAGGCAAGGCUGAUCGAGGAAAAGGAGAAAGCUGUUCAUGCCGCAACUCUUGCCAUUGAGAAGUUGAGGAGUAUGGACGAUGCGUUUCGGAAGCAGCUGGACGGCAAGGAGCAAAGUCACCGGGAGGAGGUGUCGCGUCUGCUUCAAGAGAAACAGCAGGAAGUCGAUGAACUUCAACACAGGAUUGUCGAAGUUGAAGACGAGAUGAGGAUACUGCUGCAAGAGAAUCAAGAAAACAAACGAGCCAUGGAAAACCGGCUACGCAAAAUGGGGAAGGUGUUCAGUGAGCUGCAGGAGGGCAUGAUAUGAUCAAGAUGAUUUUAGGCAAUGUUUGACGCUGUGGACUGUAGUAGUGAAGCAGUGGGAGGACUCGAGGGACUGGUUACAACGAUAGACACAUAUCAGGCCAGGUCUACAUAAGAUUCAGAUACGUACGAGGCCAGGUUUACAUAAGAUUCAGAUACGUACGAGGCCAGAUUUACAUUGGAUUCAGAUACGUAUGAGGCCAGGUUUAUAUAAAGUGACCUGUGAGUGCCUUUGCAUCCUACUUUUGAAAAUGAGUUGUUUGUUCUGUGUGAAUUCUUUGUAAACAUCCCCUAAGGUGUGUUUGUGAACUUCAUGGAAGCGUGGACUCAUAUUUCAGGUUUUUUACUAGGGAACAUUCCAUGACUAAGGUCUGUUACUGUGGCAUCAGCUGGACUGAUGUAAUUACGCAAUACAUUCAGCGAUAGUGUAUGAAGAGAGGAAGGACUCUCAUGCACUUAUCCUGUAGUUUUAGAUUUGUUGAGCAUUUAUCCAUACAUUGAAUGACUCGAGGACUUGUUUUAUAUGAUUUUAAUUGCAUGUAACUAUUUGGUUUUAUGGAAA